CAACGCCUCGCACCACCACCACCUCGUCGCUCUUUCGACCAAGCAGCGCCUGACCAUCAGCCUGCGACCGCCGCGUCUCCCGUCGUCGCUGCUCGCAUUCGCGUCGCAGCACCGCCGCGACCGCUCCACGUCCGUGCGCACGGCGUCGUUCCGUGCACGUGCAUUCAGGGGUCGCGAGCCAGCAGACCAUCCUGCGUAGCACAGCACGGGCUGCAGCGCCGACGGCGGCACUCCGCACCCUCAUAGGCCACACCGCUCGCUACUCCUGCGCACCUGUGCGCCGCCGCUGCCGCCAUGGUGCCCUCGCCGCGCCGCCUCUCGCCGCAGGUCUCGUCCGACGCCCUCACCGAGACCGCGGCCGGCAGCAGCAGCGGCGCACACGCGCUCGGGCAGCGCAUCAGCAAGGCGGCCGCGGCCACGCGCGCGGCGGCGCACAUUGGCAGUGUCGUUGAUGACUGGCCCUUGUACUCGAGUCAGCCCGAGGACUACAUCAUUGGCGACACGAUUGGCUUUGGCGCCAGCAGUGUGGUGUACCAGGCGUCCUUCUUGCCGCUCAAUGGGCGGGCAUGUGCUGUCAAGAUCAUUGAUCUCGAGGCGUUCGGACGCGACACCGAGGAGCUCCGUCGCGAGACGCAGCUCAUGUCGCUCUCCAAGCACCCAAACGUACUGCGAGUGCGCGGCUGCUGGGUCUCGGGCUCCAAGCUGCACAUCGCCACGCGUCUCAUGUCUGCCGGCUCGAUGCUCGACAUCAUGCGCUUCAGCCAUGCCGAGGGCUUCGAGGAGACGGUCAUUGCGACGGUGCUGAAGCAGGCGCUCGAGGGACUCAACUACCUCCAUAUCAACGGCUGGCUUCACCGCGAUCUCAAGGCCGGCAACAUGCUAGUCGACGACGACGGCACGGUGCUGCUGGGUGACUUUGGCGUCGGCGUGUAUCUCGGCGACGGCGGCGCGUACGAAGACGAGCAGGGCGGCGCAGGCGCAGUCAAGGACGUGGAGCGAGACCGCGGCACCUGGGCAGAGGGCAAGCGCAAGAGCUUCGUGGGCACACCAUGCUGGAUGGCGCCUGAGGUCGUGGAGCGCAAGCACUACGGCAACAAGGCCGACAUCUGGUCGUUUGGCAUCACAGCCCUCGAGCUGACGCAGGGCCGCGCGCCGUACUCGCGCCUGGCGCCCGUCAAGGUGCUCAUGAAGACGCUGCAGGAGGAUCCGCCGACGCUGGACCGCACGGGCAACGCGCACAAGUACUCCAAGACCUUUGACGACUUCAUCCGCUCGUGCCUGCAGAAGGACCCCAACAAGCGGCCGUCCGCAGAGAAGCUCCUAGGGCAUGCCUUCUUCAAGCAGGCCAAGGGCAAGAAGUACCUCACGACUGCGAUCCUGGCCGGCCUGCCGCCGCUCACUGAGCGGCAAGAGCGGCGACGGGCCAUGUCCAUUGCGUCGCUGCGCAAUCAGUACUCGUGGGACUUUGGCAGCAUCUCGUCGCGCGCCGGUAGCAUGGGGCCCGGCGGCAUGACGCCCGGCGGCGAGCGCUUCGACCCGUUCCUCAACUUCUCGGGCACGAUUGCGCCACUCAGCCCCACGGGCUCGAUGCGCUCCAAGAUCAUGUCGAUCGAUGGCAGUCACGCCUUCAUCGAUGACGAGGAUUCGCCAGUAGACGCGUUGGCCGAGCGGUGGCGCAACUCUAUGCGCCUGCACAACGACGGAGAGGACGGAGCUGCUAGCCCGAUGCGCUUCAACAGUGCGCCGCGCCGGCACCGCAACCGCUCGACAGACUCGAACCCUGCGUCCAUUGGCCGAGCUUUCGCAUCGCCUGGCGCAAAUCCGCGACACCGCAAGUCUGUCUCAUUCGACGACCCGGCGGCAGCCGCGGCCGAUGCCGCCGCCCGUGCGGACGGCUCCGACUCCGUCACCUCCGACGCGGCUCUUGCGACGAUCGCCGAGAUGCGCAGCCCGCAGAUGAGCGCCACCAGCCCGGGCGAAGAGGCACCUCCGUUGGCGCUCGAUGCGCAGGUCGAUGCCACGCCGCGCAUCGCGCAGCAUGUGACGCCCACCGGCGAGCGCACCGAGGCCGACGCGGCCCUGCGCGCAUCGGCGCCGUCGCCGCCGGGCUCACGGGCGCCACGACCACCUCCGCUCGAGCUUGUGCGCUCCAACACGGCUGAGCUGCCUGCUCUACCCAAGCCUCCGCCGGCUGCGCCGGCACUUGCACCCGCGCCCGCGGCCUCGGUGAGCGGCACGAGCACGCCGGCGAGCCAGCGCUCCACGAGCGAAGGCAGCAGCUCCAAGGCGACGAGCAGCAGCAAGCCUGCCGCGCCCGCGGCUGCGUCCCAGCCUGGCCUGCUCGCUCGCACCCUCUCGCGUACCGUGGGCGGCGGCGGCACAGAUGCACCGCACAAGCCGAGCCGCCUUGGCAAGAUCUUCCGCCGCGGCGAAGCCAAGACGUGAUGUGGGCCAGCGCCCUGCCUUCACCUAACGACUCUUGACGACCCCAAUCACGACACCCCAUCACCACUUGCACUUCACUACUACAUCCUCACCUCAUUCUCAAUCGUCCCGUCCAUGUCCCUCAGCUGUGUUGCGCGUGACGUAAUGCUGGC